UUUCAAACUUUUCCUUCCACGAACUAAAGCAGUUGUGUGAUGCCACCAACAACUCCCGUAGUUUUCUCCUCUUUCUCAUUCACCAACAAGGUACCCUCUCCCUCUCUCCUCUGAUAUCUUCCCUUCUGCUUCCUGCCAUCGUUUCUCUUCUUUGCUUUUCUUUUGAUGUUUGAUCUUUGCUCCCUUAAAUGGGUUUUCGACAUAGAAAGUUGAUGUCUGAUUCACCCAAUGAAACCUUAUCAGAUUACUGUAGGGAUUGUUACCAAUAUGACUCAUGUCCCUCUAUCUGUUACAAAGGCCUAUACCCUCCUCCAGUCCCUGUUCCUGACACCACUUCUCAUACGAAGACAACCAGCAAGUUGUUGAUCGUAACUUUCACAGUUCUUGCCACAGCUUUUCUAGUUCUUUGCUAUUAUAUUUACUAUGUCAGGUUCUCGAGAGGCCGGUCGAUUGCUAGGAGGAGAUCACAGCCCCAAACAACUGAAACCCGUGAUGAAUUCCUUGAUGAAGAUCGUGGUCCAAUCAUUGACCAUCCCAUCUGGUACAUCAACACCGAAGGGCUGCGACCAUCUAUCAUUAAUUCCAUCACGGUUUGUAAGUAUAAGAGAGGUGAGGGCCUUGUUGAAGGAACAGAGUGCUCUGUUUGCUUGAACGAGUUUGAAGAAGAUGAGACUCUCAGGCUGUUGCCAAAGUGUAGUCAUGCUUUUCACAUCCCUUGCAUUGAUACGUGGCUAAGAUCGCAUAUCAAUUGUCCGAUGUGCCGGGCACCUAUUGUCUCCAACACGGUUAAUAGAGGACCCUCAUCGUCUGAGGUAAAUACUGAAGAUUCAGGAGUGACUGAGGAAACCCAAGUGAUAAUUAUGGAAGAUGAUGGAGAACAACCUGAGAGAGAAACUGAAGGUGGAACUAGGGAAACAAGGGUUAGACCAGAGCAGGAAGAGGAAUUAGCUGUUGAAAAUGAAAGAAAGACAGGUGAAAGUUCCGGAGUAGAGGAUGGGAUACAACCUAUGAGAAGAUCAGUUUCAUUGGAUUCCCUGGCAGCUUCCCAAAUCAGCCACGCUAUUGCUAAUGGUUUUCCAGAGGGAUCUAGUGGGAAUUCAGAUAAUGAAUUGGCCAAAGGGAAAGAAUCGAGCGUGAGAAUUGUUACAAGGAGAGCUGCAGGAAAUCAAGGUUUGCUAAGGCUGAUGUGUCAUUCUUCUAUAGGUAGGUCAUUGCAGAGUAGGCCAAUUUUCAUGAAGAGGUCAGUUUCUUGCAAUGGGAAAUUCACCUUGCCACUAUCCAACAACAAGGACCGCAACAAAAAUCCUCCUUUGAGAAGCUUUUGAUCUUUGCUGUGUGCAUCUACUUUCAGAGCCUCGAUAAAUAUAGAUGAUGCCAAACUUGUAUAAUAAUACACAGAAAUGAGAUUCAUCAAAAAGGGGAUUCUGUUCUGAAGGGAUAGCUUUUGCGGCUUGUUGCAGCAUCAGUUUUCGAUAGAAAACAUGCAAUUGUAAGUAGAACUUUUGAGACUUUAUGAUUAUUUUAUCUUCUUGUUUCCCAACAAUUACCGCCCUUGCUACGUGAGAAUAGACGUGUAGAGGGGCAAAUUAGUCUGGGUCUACAAGAGAAAUGUCUCAGUUUUCGCAUCAAUCUUAUCUGUUGCCAGGGGAGCCAAUGCAAAUGGGCCUUUGGCAUGCCUGCUUCAGUCUUUUAAUCCAGAUCUUUGGAAAGGUUUCAGUUGAAGAUUGUCCCUGGAAAUGAGACUUUGGCCUAGAGGGCAAUUAGAUCAAGCUGUGCCUUCUCUUGUGGAAAAUUGUUGGAUUCUUGAUGAUGUAUGUCUACCAUUUCAUGUUUUACUAUAAAUUUUUAUCUGUGACACGAAUGAAAUAUGAAAAUAAUGCCUUUAUAAACUA